UCUUUCAUAAAUGCCAGUUUAUUCUAAUGUUAAACAUUCAGAUGCUCUGGUUCCUUCCGUGAUUCGACAGAUUGAAGGGCUGACUUACUGGGAUCUCCUUGUUUUCUGUUGCCAAAGGAAACCUCACAGGGCUCAGAGGUUUUAAUUCACUGCCAACUGGUGUUUGGAUGAGAUUUUUGGGGCUGAGUUGUGAUUGCCAUGUAUCCCUUUGGCCCCAGGUCCCAAUUUACUGCACUUUGAAAACUCCCAGGUGCAGGAGCAGGCAGCUCUCAACAAACGUGUUCCCCACCCCCAGUAGUUGGAUCCCUUUCAAAAUGCGAGGACCCCUCCUACCCUCAGUCUCCAGAAUCAAUACAAAUCUGGGUCAGGGGAGGGGAUGCUUCCCAAACGCAUCCGUCCUGCUCCAGACACAGCUCUUGCAUUAGCGUCCUUUUUCUUUCUGGAUUGUGACUCUGCUUGGCUCUAACCUGUCCCUUUGCACUCCUUCUCUCCCCAUCUCUCCUUCCUGCUCAGCUUCAGAUCUUUAGGGUUCACCAAACUAUGGAACUUGAUUUUGGACACUUUGACGAAAGAGAUAAGGCGUCCAGAAACAUGCGAGGCUCACGUAUGAACGGGUUGCCCAGCCCCACUCACAGCGCUCACUGUAGCUUCUACAGAACCAGGACCUUACAGGCACUGAGCAAUGAGAAGAAAGCCAAGAAGGUGCGUUUCUAUCGCAACGGGGACCGCUACUUCAAGGGGAUUGUAUAUGCUGUGUCCUCCGACCGCUUCCGAAGUUUUGAUGCUCUCCUGGCUGACCUGACCCGAUCCCUGUCCGACAACAUUAAUCUGCCUCAGGGGGUCCGUUACAUUUACACCAUCGAUGGGUCGCGGAAGAUCGGGAGCAUGGAUGAGCUGGAGGAAG